AUGUUUUUCGCCAUACUGAUUUUCGCAAAUAUUUUUGAUCUCGUCUUUUCGCAUUACGGGUGAGUUGAAUAUUUUUUUUUAAUUCAAUUUUAAAUUUUUUUUCGUUUACAGUUCCACUACAAAAUAUUGUUAUAGUUGUAUGUCUGAAGAUUUUUCAUUACAUUGGCCAUAUUUAGAGGAGGUAAUUAAAAUUUGAAAAUAUAUUUUUGAUUCUAAAUACCCUGAAAAUAAUCUUGAGAAUGAGUUUAACACAACUGUCUCAGGUGUUGAAUUACUAUUUUUUCGUUUUUGCCGAAAAACGUAUUCUUUUCUUCCGGAGAGAAGAGGGAUUACCCGAAAAAAAACCAAUAUUUUUGUGUUUGUAUUCAUAUCCCCUAAAAUCCACGGAAUUUUUUUGUAGCCAUGUUGUGUUUUCUACUCCAAAAAAAUUGAGAGAAAAUGACACCAAUUUGUGUGUGCGAAAAAAAAGAAUAAGAAACAAAAGACACCAUUCACCAGAGAAUAAUAAUUCAAAAAAUACGUUGUUUUUGGGUGAAUCUUGAGUGUUUUUUGUUGGAAUUUGGAAAGAAUGGGAAAAACUUGAACACGCACGCAAUUCUUUUUUGGCUCUUGAAAAAGCGAAAUUAGCAGCAGCAAAGAUUUUUAAUGAGAAGUGUGAAAUUGACGAAUUUUUCUUCCGACCGUUUUGAAAAUUGUUGAACUUUAUGAGAAAAAAUCAAUAAAUGUUAUGCUAAUCAGAUUUUCUCGCCAAACAUUUCUCUUCUAUAAAAAAGGGAGUAUCUAACACACUCUGGCCAAAAAUCACAUUUCCCGUUGUUUCAAUCAAAAAAGAAAGAAGCACGAAGAAAAAGGAAUCAAAUUAGUGCUGCGGACACCUGCCAAACCAACAAAAAUUCCCUUCUUUCUUCCCUUGUUCUUUUUUGAACAACAGAGGAAAAGUUAUUGAAAAUUUCUGUGCGUGCGAAAAAAAAUUUGCAUAAUGUUUUUUCCUUCUACUUCUUUUUCAACUUGAUUUUCGAUUAACACAUGGAAGAGGGAUUUUUUUGGAAAAAAAAAUAUGCUACAGAAAAAAAACAUGCUAACGACACAAAUCAAAAUGUCACAUUUUCCAUAUUUUUCCCGCUCUCAUGAUGAAGAUAUUGUGACACGAAAAAAAUUUGGUUGUAGUUGAGGGACCUUUUUUUUCUUCCUCAUCUCUCUUCUCGUUUCGUUUAUUUGUUGAACCAUAGCCGCAAACACCCCAAGCACAACAGAAAAAAAAUACGUCAAAACUAAAAAGGGGCUGCUCAUCCGUUUCAAUUCCUUCGAGAUUCGGCGCGCCGAUAUAUCAGGGAAAGAAGGCCUGGUUGGAGCUUGAGCGAGAAAAAUGUGGAAAAAUGAGACAAUUUUCGGCAGGGUCUUUCAUAUUCGUGUUGAGCACCAACAAAUUUGGUCGAAACAAAGUAUCAGAGAUUUUGAUGGUUCCUUGGAGAACCUAGAAAUGUUGCAAUUUUGCUAAUGUUCAAAAAAGCACAUUUCGAGAAUUGAAAAAAGUAGAAGUUUAUGUGGAAAAAUCUGGUCUGCGAAUAAUGGUCAUCAAACAACAGUCUGUGUUUAACGGACUGCGUUCAACGGUCUGCAAACGACGGUCUGCGAACAACGGUCUGCGAAUGCAAAAAAACUGUCUGCAUAUUUUAAAAAAAUUUCCACUAUACUAAUAUUUUUCAUAUAUUUAUUUGCUACAAUUUUUCACAAAAAAAGCUAGUUCAUCUAAAAAUACAAAGUUUCUUUUCAAAAGCCUAUAAAUCUGGAACAUAAAAGUGACAUAUGUUGUCGAUAUGUUUUUUUUUUGUUUAAAAAAAACCCCUUGACUAAAAAAUGUGUUUUUCUUUCCAGGUGUACCAUCGACCAAUGAACUUCACCGACAAAUGUUUUCAAGUUCCGACAUCUGCAAAUAUUGGAAAAAGGGAAUGUACUCAAUCAACAUGUGUAACAGUUAUUGAACCGAGGAUAUUAGCAGGUAUAAAAAUAUCAUUGCGGGAAAAAUCGCGAAAUUGUCAAAUGAAAAUGAUGAAUUACCUGCACAUAGUUUAACAAUUUUUGGCGCGCCUUUUUUUUGUGGUUAUUAUUAUUAGGCAUAUUUUUAUUACAAAGGAAAAGACCACAAAAAAUAUUCGAAAAAAAAUAAAGGGUGUUUUUCUAGUACUACAACUACUACUAACUUAAUAGCUCUUCGCUUUUUUAUUAUGAUUGAAAAAAGUGGGAUUUUUUGUGCUGACUGACAAAAAAUAUGUAUAUCCUUUCCUUUGAAGUACACACACACCCCAACAAAAACCCUUUUUACUACUUACAAAAGACAAGGGUCCUUCAGUCGAUUAUUAUUAUUAUUAUUUUUCAUUUUCAUUUUUCUUCCGCAAAAAAAUUUCGAAGGCUUUUUUAUAUAUGUCCCUUAUAAGAAAAAGGGGAUAAAUUCAAUUUGUAGAAAAAAAAGAAGUGCAAUUUUUCAGACUUUUAUUCAAAGAUAGAAAAGGAUCAAAAUUUUUGUUUCAGGACAACAUAUUGGGAAUAAUAUCAUUCGUGGAUGUUUUGAAAGUGUUUUCAAAUUUGGCUCAACUCCCAGAACUGGUCAAACAUAUGGUUAGUUUUUCCGCAACAAAAAACUUUUGUGAAAAGUGCAUUUUUUGUUGCUAUUUCAAUGUGAAAAGCAACUGAAAAUUAGAGGCAAAUUACAGAGAAAAUCGUUUUUGUGUAUGUCAAUUUGAUGAAUAAUUGACAAGUUUUUGUGCAUUGCGUGUUUAUGUGCUCAUCGUUUAGGCGAAAAAAAGCGGUUCCUGUCUUUUUUCUUUAGAAUAGGAUAGGGAACAAAAUUGAGAUAAAUGUGCAUAAAUCACAAUUCUGUUAACGACAUGCACAUUUAUCUUAUUUUUUGAGAAUCAUUUGACUCGGGAUUACAGAGAAAGCAACUGACUUGAUUCAAAAAAUGUUUUUUUCCAGAUACAUCUUGUAUGCGAAUGCCUGCCCAUAAAUUGCUACCACCACGAUUGGCGGCAAGAAGUAGUAAUCGAACUGUUGAAUUAUGUUGGUGUAUUGGACAACUUUGUAAUAAUUAUCCAAGUGUUGCUAUGAAUAGGUACAGUUUUGAAAAAAAAAUAUUUUGAGACUAGAAUUCAUGAAAAUCCGCAGAACAACAAAGCCUAUUAUUUUCAAUUUUCCGCUUGAAAUUUGCAUUGCUUCAGAAGACUUUUAGUUGUAGAAAUAUAGUGGUCUGCAAAUACUUUCUGUAAGAAGUGGUCUGCAGAAAAAGAUGUACAAAGCGCAGUCUGCAAAUAGCGGUCUGCAACCAACGGUCUGCAUUUAACGGUCUGCGUUUAGCGGUCUGCGAACAACGGUCUGCAUUUAACGGUCUGCGUUUAACGGUCUGCGUUUAGCGGUCUGCAACCAAGAUUUCGGACCACCUUUUUCCAAAAAACCAUAAACAAAUAGUAAAUCUCUAAUCCACUAUAAAUAAAAUAACGACUGAAUCCCCAACUCUAAUAACAUUAUUUUGUCCGAUUUCCAGCGUUCGCCAACCAAAUUUCUUCUUCUUCUCUUCGUUUCUAGCAUUAUUUUUGGUGUUCGUUUUAUUGUGGAUUUGCGGGUAG